AUGUCUGCACUCUCUCGCCCCUCCGCCGGCAUUCCACAACAAGACCUCGUCUCCGAUCCUGUUCCUGAGCAAGAUAUCGUCGACAGCCUCUCUUGGCAGCACGUCCUCUUCCCUGAUGGACACCUCGCAUCCCGGGCCUCCAGCUUCGCAUCGCUCAAGUCGUUGGUGGAGAGCAGCUCGGAGGAAGAGGAGGAUUAUCAAGGUCAAGACGAUCUGGCUGAUGAAGGGGCGGCGGAGGGUGGAGGAUCCCGCGGCCCGAGAGGAGCAGGAGGACAAUCGAUGUUGGACAUCAGCUGUGAUGACAGCACGACAGAGAUCUCUGCCCGGGGCGAGGAGAUCUGGAUAUCGCUUCCGAGGGAAGUGAGGUUGGAAGGAAGGCGACGAAGCCAGGUGGUGAAGGCUGAAGGGAAGGAGGGGAUGCUGCUGGGGAGUCUGAGGGAUGCCAUGAAGAAAAGAGGCGUUAUCUUGAAGAACGAGUGA